UUUGGCCUUCAACUGCAGAAGAUUUAAUUGCAUGAUCAAGCAGUGUCCAUUCAAGUUCUCCCCAUCCAAUAUUCAUCCUGCUCCUGCCUCUGGUGACUCACUAGCACAUUUGAUUCAAUAAGUUGUUUGGAAACAACACCAGAGAGUUAACAUGCAAGAGAAGCCAUGAAAUGGUGCUGCAGUGCAACUUUUCCAAGGUAAAGGCUGCUUGGGAAAUGCAAAGUGAGCUGAUGUUGAAAUCAGGAUAACACAAAUGAACAAAGUCUGACACCCUUGCUGGAUGAGUCUGUGCAUGCAAUGUGAGGUUAAAUGUCUGGUAAGGAAGAACACUGAAUUGUUACCUAUAAUUCUUAAACUUAAUGUUUAAAGUUUAGAAUAACCUCUUAAAUGUAAAGUUUAAAUUAAAUUAAAAUUAAGUCCUACUUCCAAACAGAAGAAAAAAAAUGAAAGCUCUAGGUCAGGGAAACAGCAGAAAAGGAAUUCUUUAAUAAAGAAGUAAAACUAAACUAUUUUACAGAGUUAAUAUUAUCUGAAUCUUAUAAUCAUGCUUACCAUGAGAUUAAAUAGAAGUUGCUCCUUAUAAAUCAAUACAGGUAUGCAUGGCUGAAUUUACUAUUGGGACUAUAAUGUCAAGAGAAAUUCAGAUCCUGCCUGGACACAUGAUUUUCCAUGCUUUCCAGCAACAUUAUUCCUAUCUUUUCUCUAGGAGAGAAAGACCUAACUAUUUGAGAACAAAACAUACCCUGCAAAAAAAAAAAAAAAAAAAGUGCCUUUGCAUUUAUUAGCAUCCAGUAGAAAUGAUUGAAUCUGAUUUGGUAAUCCAUCCAAUUCAAGGUUGUUUGAACGGCCACACCACGGCAAGGGCAUGGGACCAGCAUGGGAGAAUGAUUAACUUAAUCCUCCUGCCUUGUUUGUUUGAUGCUGCCUCACUCCAGUGCGAGUCAAUAAAACUUUGAGCACCGACACACACAACUUCCAGCACCCUCCAAGCUGGCCCAAAAUGGGGAUUAGCCAAGCUGCCUUUCUCCUUCUCUUCUUUCUCAGCUCAGUGCAAGGAAGUGUCCUAGAUGGCUAUGUGAGAACAGAAGGAGCUUGGCUGCUCAACCCAAUGAAGCAAGUUUAUAGAGCAAAUAGUGAAGAAGAAUGUGCAGAGAAAUGUGAACAUGAAGAUAAGUUUGCUUGCAGGGCCUUCUUAUUUACCAGUAAAGAACAACAGUGUUUAACAUUGACUGAGAACACCAAAACAGCAAUGAUUUUCAGAAGAGCAAAUGCAGUUCUGUACGAAAAAAGGAUUUAUCUUUUAGAAUGCAAGGAGGGAAGAGGAGUGAAUUACAGAGGAACAGAAGCCAAAACUCAGAAAGGUGUGCGGUGCCAGAAUUGGGCUGACAAUUUCCCACAUAAACCAAACUACACACCUGAAAAAUAUCCCAAUGCAGGACUGGAGGAAAACUACUGCAGAAAUCCUGACAAUGAUGAAAAGGGACCCUGGUGUUACACAACAGAUCCUGAUACCAGAUUUGACUACUGUAACAUCCCUGAGUGUGAAGUAGAGUGCAUGCACUGCAGUGGAGAAAACUACCAUGGAGUAGUUGCAACAACAGUGUCUGGGCUUGAGUGCCAGCGCUGGGACUCCCAGGAACCUCACUCCCAUGGAUACCUCCCAGAAAAUUUUCCAGAGAAGGAUCUGAAGAAUAAUUAUUGUCGUAAUCCUGAUGGAGAACCUCGGCCCUGGUGUUUCACUACCAGUCCAACUAAACGCUGGGACUAUUGUGACAUUCCUCGUUGCACAACACCGCCACCACCUCCUAAACCGGGACGUCAGUGUCUCUCAGGAAGAGGAGAAGACUAUCGAGGCACAAUAUCUGUUACUGAAUCAGGAAAUACCUGUCAGCACUGGAGUUCUCAAUCUCCCCACAGACAUGCUCGCACUCCUGAAAACUAUCCCUGCCAGAGCCUAGAUGAAAACUACUGCAGAAACCCCGAUGGUGAGAGGAGGCCGUGGUGUUACACCACCAACACAACUGCCCGUUGGGAAUAUUGCAAUAUCCCCUCCUGUGACAGUACCAAGCCAGAGCCCCCUGCUGUUGAUGUGGCUGAGGAGGCUCAAGUUACUGAGGAGUGCUAUCAGGGCAAUGGGGUGACUUACCGUGGCACAGCUUCUUUCACUCUCACGGGAAAGAAAUGUCAAGCCUGGAGCUCGAUGUCGCCUCACCGGCACAACAAAACGGCAGAGAACUUCCCAAAUGCGGGUCUGAGCCAAAAUUACUGCAGAAACCCAGAUGCUGACAGCCGUCCAUGGUGCUACACCACCGACCCCAGUGUGAGGUGGGAGUAUUGUGCCCUGAAGAAGUGUGAUGACCAAGGGCUGCAGACUGUACCUAAACCUCCUCAGACAGCACAGGAAACAAACCCUGACUGCAUUGUUGAAAAUGGUGUAGACUACCGUGGCACAGUGGCAAAAACUGCAAGGGGCAGGACUUGUCAAGAGUGGAGUUCUCAGAGACCUCAUAGCCACGACUAUUUCACUCCCACCACUCAUCCAAGAGCAGGCCUGGAAAAAAAUUAUUGCAGGAAUCCUGAUGGAGAUGUGAAUGGACCUUGGUGCUACACAACAGACCCAAGAAAAGCCUGGGAGUACUGUGACAUUCCCAAGUGCCCUCCUUCUCAGUAUGAAUGUGGAAAAGCCAAGUUCAGACCAAAAUUGUGUGCCCAAAGGAUUGUCGCAGGGUGUAUUUCACAUCCACACUCCUGGCCCUGGCAGAUCAGUCUCCGUACCAGUUUUGGCUUGCAUUUCUGCGGGGGAACUCUGAUUGAUCCUCAGUGGGUUCUUACUGCUGCCCACUGCUUAGAAAAGUCCUCACGACCAGCUGCCUACAGAGUAUACCUUGGAUUACACAAAGAAGUAGCAACAGAGCCAUCAGUACAAAUACGUGAAGUAGAGAAGUUAGUCAAGGAGCCACGCAGAGCAGAUAUUGCUCUGCUCAAACUGAGCAGACCAGCAGUCAUUAAUAAUCAUGUAAUCCCAGUUUGUUUACCAAAAGAAAACUCUGUGUUAGGAGGAAGAGAGGAGUGCUAUGUGACCGGCUGGGGGGAUACAAAAGGUACUCCUGGUGCUGGCUACUUAAAGGAAACUGGCUUUCCUGUAAUUGAGAAUAAAAUAUGCAACCGCCCGGAAUUUCUGAACGGUAGAGUUAAAAAGCACGAACUCUGUGCUGGGAAUAUUCAUGGUGGCACAGAUACCUGCCAGGGGGACAGCGGAGGACCUCUAGUCUGUCGGGACCAAGAUAAAUUUGUCCAACAUGGAGUCACCUCUUGGGGCCUUGGCUGUGCCCAACCCAUGAAACCUGGUGUUUAUGUUCGAGUCUCCAACUAUAUUCCUUGGAUUAAAAGUGUGAUGGAAAGCAACUGAUCCUGGGUGUGGACUGCCCUCUCCUGGAAAGCAGCAUGCACGUCAGAAAUGCAAGAUUCCAAGUGCAAUAUUAAAGCUACAAUCAUUCAUAAGAAAGCAAAAUAAAUAUGAUCAUCCAUUUUAAAUUGCUGUAAAAUAAUAGUCAUUGCCGAGAAGCCCAGCUGACAGUCUGUUACGCUCUUUCUAUAUGUUUUAUGGUUUGUUCACGAUGUCUGACAAUAGACUUACCCAUCUCUGAAAUGCAUGUUGAAAAUCCCAACCUUAAUUGUGACAGGACACCUGCAUUUUAAUUUUUUACCAGCUCUACAAUGACAUUCUCUUUUAAAAUCAUAAUUUUCAAGAUGUUGUGCUUCUAACAUACGAAGAAAUGAGAAUACUUUUUUAUUUUCUAUGAGUUGUCUGAACCUAUUACCAAUUUGAUGCUGCAAACCAAAGAAGAAUCUCACAGUACAUGUCUUACAUGCCUGUGAAGUUUCAUUACAUAUAUUUUCUAGCAUUAAAUACAUGGGAUGGGGGAAAAAAGAUGAAGGAAACACUUUUGGUUUGUGUUUUUUGUAUUUUUUAUCAUUGUGGAAAUACAUCUGUCAGCAAAAGUAUAAAUGUUGCAUCAAAGAUAUAAAACAGUGAAUAAAAAAACAGCCUCACCCUGAAGUUAGUCCCUAGUAAAGAAAAGAAAAUAGCUAUCAAUAGUUACCACAAAUAGUGACAAAGCACCUACAUACUAUAAAAUUUUGUUCUCCAUUGUACCCAUUCAUUUCUUUGUAUAACAUUAUCUGACUACAUAAUUGUUAGGUAUACAUUUUUCUCCUCUAAAAGAAGAUUAUGUACACAUGUGGUUAUAGGGAGUGUAAGUUUAACCCUUUCAAAAUGCUUCCCAGGGAAAGCUUGACUCAUGCUUGCCAAAGUGAAACAAUUUCUGGCUGUGAACUCCUGCUCACAUCCUGCCUCUCUGGCAUAUAAACCAGGGAGCUCCCCACAGGCCUCUGCAGACCCCCAGCUCCACAUGGGGUCCUUCUGGCAUCCCCAGGGUGUGCUGAGUCUAUUCCAUGUAACACAGCUGCUUCCUAGGGUGGGAUUUGUCUUGUCCAUUUUCUGCACUCCCAGACAAACCAAGCUGCAUGUCAUUUUAAAAGUCUCUCUUUUUUGUAUGCUUGUGCAUGCAGAAGGGAUGUGUUAUCCAAACCUCCUAGGACUUUUGGUUUGGUUUUUGGUCCCAUUGCCUUAAAGGGAGAUGAGAACUAUUAAGCAUAGUUAGGUGGCAGGGUGAUUUUUGAAGUUUCUACAUCUGGAGUCUGAUUCUAUGAGAUGAAAUCAUCUCAGGGCAUUGCCUUCCUGAGCAGGAGCAGCUCUGAUAAAGCACACACCAGUCACCUGUCUGGUCAGAGGGAUUCACUGAACACAAAAUACCCUUCUGCAUAUUUUCCAUAUAUAUCCACUUUGAUCAUUAAGCCACCCAAGAGUUUUGUACACCUCCCUGACAACAGAAAUUCUGUGUUGCAGCUUGGACUUUGAUUUGUUAAGCUCUUCAGAUGUGAACUCUUGAAGGCAUAGUUAAUACCUUGCUUGUAGACAAACCAUUGGCACUGCUCUCCUUGCCAAACUGGCUAGAAGUGCCUGGAUAUGCCUGAGUGGCCACAAAAGUCCCACCUCAUAACCCUUAAAACAGUACCAGUUGUGAUUUUUUCCUUCUGCAAGAUUGUCAGUGUCAAUAAAAACUGGCACAUUUUGUGGUAACCGUUUGGACAGACUGGAUAAAGUAACCCAGCACAUGUGGUGGCUGUGGUGCAUUUGACCCAAAAUUUCAUCUGUUUGUUGGUCCAAGAAACCUCUUUGCCAACAGGAAAAGCACAGCUGGGUUUCUGAGGUCACAUUGUUCAUGUGCCUUUGGUGAUGGUACGGUGACCCUUUGUCUCUUGUGUAUGUCACAUCUCUGGAGGAUACACAUGCAGGACAAUCACAGCUGGCAGAGUUCAGGCCCUCUUUGAAGAGGUGCCUCUCACUGAGUGAGCUGGGUCACAACAGCCAUUUUAGUGUCAACGCAUGUGUCUUAGGAGAACACUGCUGUGUCUCCUGAGAAGCUUGUAGGACUUUCCUGUAAGUAUUAAGCAGUUUGAGGCACAUAUGAAUUUAGUAUAACUUUUUUUAAAACAAACAGCCUGUCCUAUGGCCUGCAUGCCCACGUGCAUCCUGCUUGGGGUUCUCCCUUGCUGAAGCCCUUCGUCUGGUACCACCACCUCAUCUGUCCUCUCUCGCCCACAGGAGUGUAAUCCCACCAUUACCAAACCACGUUACAUACCCACUACACCUUCAGGGGACAACACAAACUCUCACAGAGAUGGAAGGAUAUUUCAACUUACAAAAUCCCUGUUAGGGAUAAGAGUUAGCACAGAAGCAAUUACAAAUACAAACUCCACCUCAAGUUGCUAAGCACUCCUAGAUUAGAAGUCAAAACAUAUGCAUAGGUUUUUUUCUUCUGUCCUUACAAAACAGAUUUUUAAGAAAUAAUUAUAUUCAAACUUCUGACACUGCCCCAAGCCAUUUUACCUACCGAAAUUUAUCAUUUACAUUCUCUUUUGAGCAACACAUAAUGUUAUGCAAAACAAAGCACAGUCUGAAAGGAGAAAACAAGUCUUUGCAUCUCUCAUUCCUCAAUGUAUUCAGUUGUCCAAAAACUGAAGAAGCUGUCAAAUAUUAUUUGUGGCAUUGCAUUUCCCACACCCAAGCAAAUGAUUCUAUAUAAGGAAAUGAGUUUUGGUUUACUUCUGAACUUAAAAGGAAAAUGGACUGGAAUCUUCUGUGAUAUUCACACCGUGAUUGGCUCAGGGCCAGGACAGGAGCACCUGUUGGACCUUCUAGCUGCUCCUCAGAAAUGUAGCUGGUUUCUAUUGGGCAGCAAGCCAAAAGCCCUCCUAAAACAUCAAGUACUUAGGAAGGAGCACAGAGGUGCUCAUGUGCUUUUUGGAGUGCCUUAGCCAGCUGUAAGGGGCUUUCCUGCACCUGAGCACAGCUUCUGGUUUUUGUUUUUGUAUUGUUUGGUUUUUUACCAUUAAUUAAAACCUUUUGUUUUUCAAAGCACUCCUGAUGAGUCGUCUUGCAAAUAUUAUUCAGCCAAAUAUGGGAAGUGCUGGACACCCUCAGAACUCGAUACACCUUCCUGAGUCUCAAUACACUCUGGCCUCGUGUAACAUUGUAUCAAUUAUUCACAUAUGUUUGGGAGGUCGUGGCUUUAAAAGACCUCUCUGCAGUCUUGCUCAAGCUUUCUCAAAGUGCUUAAGACUCCAAUUAAAAAAAAAAAAAAAAAUCACAAAGAAACGCUAAAUGGAAGACAGUGGUUCAGCUCAUCCAGCAUCACAUGUGAUCACCCUGGUUCUCCAAGGUGCUUUCAUUAGGGGCUGGCUGGGUUUUGAGGCUGAGGGUCUGCAUUUUCCACCCUGCACUGAAACACAGCAUCCAGCCUGUGCAAGCCCAGAGCUUCCAGUUCAGGGCUGGUCUCUGCCAGCCAGCCUUGGGCUAUCGUCUUCAGCUAUCCACAGAUUGCAUUGGUCUAGGAGAAGUUUUCUCCUUGUAGCAGUAGCUCAGUUUUUUAUGGUGUCUUCUAGAUCAGUUGUAUGUAUUGUGAGAUGUUCCUUUAGUUUCGUAUCUCUAAGUCAUUACUGACUUUUGCUAAGCAUACCUUUGACCUUUACUAUGCCUCAGAGUAAGGUAGGAACAGCCUUGAAAGACAGGCCUUUAUUACUAACUGCCUAAAGUGUGCAAACAUCAGGCUGGGGUUAUUAUUAAAGGUCUUUUUUCCUCCAGAAGGGCUGGUGAUAAGGGCAGUAGCUGGGAAAAGGCAGGGAGGGUUGGGAAUUGUUGAAAAGCACAAUAUAUUCCUCACCACAGGAAAUCCUGCUGUGCUCCUAGGGUGGUGAGACUGGAGCAGUGGUCAUUCGUCUUCAGUGACUGUACUAUAGUGCUACUGAUUUGUGGUAUGAACCUUCCAAACUCAGUCCUAUAUUUGUUUGUGCCAAACAUGGGGUUUUGUGAGUUUAUAAGGUCCUUUGCAACAUCUCACUGACUUUCUUUUCUUUAUUUCUGUGUUGGUAACAGGACACCUUUUGAAUGCCACAUCUUUUCAAGUCAUUCCCUGCAAGGAGUGUAUUGUUCACCAGUCAGUGGCCGGGACAUAAUUCUUGACAAAGGUUAUACAGGAGAAGGGAAAGGCAGUCUGUCCCUGGAAUCUGCUUGCAGAGCCAGAGUUACUCUGUUACAUGUCAGCUUUAAAGGACCAAUUAACACUUACUUCCCUCCAUAAUCAAAGCUCCUGGCUCAUCCCUGCCCAAGAGAGCUUGACAUCUCUGUCGACAACACAAAAAAAUUAUCCCCAAGACAGAAAGAUGACAAAUAGUGAUAAUGAACAGAAGACAGAAAUUGCAGGUCAUCUUGACAGUGGUGAGGGUGAAGGAAUUCAGUUUGUAGGGGUGGGCAGAGAGCAUGACUUGCAAAGGAAAAAAAUCAGCAAUCUCUUGAAAGAGGUGUUUGAAAAAGCAUUCAGCAGAGGAGAGCAGGCAUAUCUUCCCUUGGAGAUAUGAGGGGUGUCACAUGAACCCCAGCUGUGUCUGGGGAAGGCACUAAUGGGCAGCAGGACAAUCUGUCCUGCAGAGCUGAUGCCCUGUACAGGGUAUGACACCCACAUAAAGCUCUGGAAACGUGUGGAGGACUGCUUCCACAUUUCAGAAAGCCCUUGAACAAGGAGGGAAGCAAGGCUUUUGUUGAAAAGGGUCUCUGAGGAUGACAAUCAGAUCAGAGAGAGGUUCAUUCUCCUGAUGCACACUGCUGAUUUCCAUCCUUCUCAACCAGGGAAAGAGUCACCCUGAUCAGUACCCUCCUUCUUUAGCCAUCAUAACUUCUAUUGGUCCAGAUUCUUCAUGAGCAAAGGAGGACAGGUUAAAAUAGUCAUAUUCUCCUCCUCAAGGUCAUCUAAAUCUUAAACAAGCACUCCCAUUUACAUCCUUUCCACACAAAUGUAAAUCCUAACA